AUGCGAUCCCCAUCAUUAUGGGAGCAAACAUCGGUACGAGCGUCACCAACACCAUUGUGUCCAUGGCACAUGCUGGCGAGCGUCUGGAGCUCGAGCGUGCUUUCUCCGGUGCGACAGUGCAUGACAUGUUCAACAUGUUCCUACGAAGCACAGUGA